UAUACAACAAGUUGCUGCACAUUUUUUGACAGCUAAAAUUUCGUUGUCAAAGGAGGAUUACACCUCUGUCACUCUUGAUAAUUUAAAGAGCUCUGAUCAACCUGAUGAUGGUAAUACUAAUAGGAGUAUUCAAGAAAUUUUGAAGGAACUUAUGCAACAUGCGGAUGAUAAAACCCAAAAGUCAUGUGGGUGUUGCAGAAAAGGACGAGUGAGGCAUAAUUGGGAUGGUUUUAAAGAUCAACUGCGUGAUUAUAUGGAUCCCUCUGGAGAAAUAACUCUUGAAAGGCUUGAAGCAUGGAUGGAAAGGGCACGCAACAAUUGUUUGUUUCUUGCAAAUACUUUAAGCAGUGCCAUGGAAGUCGCAGAUUGUCUUAACAAAAUAAUCAGUGUGAUUCUAAUCUCGGCAACUUUCAUAUUAUGGCUGCUUCUCACUAGGUUGGCUUCCACAAAAGUACUUGUUCUCAUUGCAUCACCAUUGCUUGCUGCAACUUUUGUAUUUGGAGACACUUGCAAGAUCCUAUUCCAAGGCGUCUUCUUUGUCUAUGCGAUUCAUCCUUUUGAUGUUAGUGAUUUAUGUGUCAUUGAUGGGACUAUGAUGGAGGUAAGAACAAUUGGCAUUUGGAAAACAACCUUCACAAAAGUUGGUACACAAGAGAAAGUGAUAUAUCCAAAUUCAGAGUUGUCGAAGAAAAACAUCAUCAACCACAAAUCUGACUUUGAUUGGAAUGACUACAUAGAGUUCGAUGUGGAUUCUAUGAAGGACGAAAAACUCAAGAUUCUGAAACAAGAAAUUGAAAAACAUCUCGAAGGUAAUAAAGAUAAGUUCGCACCAAGUUAUAGUUGGGUGGUGGUGACAACAAACGAUACCAUCAAGAUAGCUGUAUAUAUCAGACAUAUUGUGCACCUUCAAAAUAGCACGAACUUUGAAUGUCUCAAGGUGAAGCACAAGUUACGAUCUGACUUCGUUCUCUAUGUUAAAAACCUCAUGGAUCAAUAGGAAGUUGGAGACCAGAAUCUUCAGGUUAAUCUUUUGAUAAAUGUCAAAAUCUUAAAUCAAUGGAAGUGAAUGCUGAAAGGUUUACUAGGUCUCAAUUUCACCUUAUUUUCAGAGAAAUCAGCAGAAGAGCAUUCCCAAGAAACAAAAAAUGUAACAGCUUAAGCUGUAUGUGGUUGAAUAGAAAUGUUUUCAACGUAAAUUUAGACAUUUUCCGGGAAAAAGACACUUGUAAAAGAUUUGUUAUUGAAAGGAAAUGUUAAAGGUGAAUUGAGAAGCGAAAAUGGAGAAAAUAGGACGGAUAGGGUGAGAGAAAAAAAGAGGGAGAUAUGUACAGAGGAAAAUGUGUUCGAGGUUUACUACUAUUGCUGUCGUUGUUUUACUGUAUUGCUAAGCAGGGCAAUCUGUCAAUCUUAUUUCAUAUCAACUAAAUUUGGUUUUCACUAUCAAAGCCUUGAAAUUCUAAUUUGGGUAU